AUGCCGCCGCCGGCGCUGCCGACGGGGCCCCACGCGGACGCCCGCCCGGCCACGGCCACGCACGUGCCUGACUGCUCCAGCCCCCUGAAGCGCGGCCCCGCAUCGCGCGGCCCCGGCUGCGGGCCGGACGGCGGCGGCGGCUCGCCGCUCAAGCGCAUGCGGGGUGCGGCGGCGGCGGCGCAGGCGCCGCAGGCGCCGCAUCCCGGCGCUGCGGCCGCGGACGACGCGAUGGCGUGGGCCUUGCAGGCGUCGAUCAACGGGACGGUGCGUGGCGCAGACGGGGGCGUCGGCGGCGCCGGUGAGCUGGAUUUGUUAGAGGAGCCCGAGUGGCCGGCGCCGCAGAUCGCGUGA